AUGGCUUGUAAACCUGGUUGGUUCAGAACCUUUAUGUGCCUCUAUUGCACAAUCUACACCGUCAUUUUCUUUUUCAUUCUUCUCUCUAUUAUUUUCUGGAUAGUUAUCUCUCCUUCAAGCGUGAAAUUCCACGUAACCGACGCUACUCUCUCCGAAUUCAACCUCACAAACAACAAUAAUACAUUGCAUUACAAUUUCAAACUCAACGUCACCGUGCGAAACCCAAACAACAACAUCAUAGUCUAUUAUCGAAGAAUCACCGCGAUUGCUUGGUACAAAGACAAUAAUUUUGGUUUUGUGAGUUUGACACCGUUCGAUCAAGGACACAAAAAUACGACAUUUCUCGGACCGAUUGUGUUUAAUGGAAAUACAAAGAUCAAACUAGGGCUUAAACAACUCGAUGAGUAUAGCGAAGAGACGCGUCUUGGGAUUUACAAUGAUUUGGCUGUUGAUUUUGAUAUCAAAAUUAGAGCUAAGUUUGGAAGCUUUUAUAAGAGUGGACGGUUUAAUACACCGGUUGUUCAGUGCCGUCGUUUGAGAAUUCCUUUGGUUUCUGCUUCCAAGGGUAACUCAUCAUCAUCAUCAUCAACAUUUUCUUUUAGUGAGAAAAGAUGUAGCAGUGCUUCUUUCUUUACAGAUCGUGAUGCAGACGCAGGAGCUUGA